UCUUCCCCUUGAUUCUAUGUAUUGAAUAGAAUUAGUUAGAGAAGAGAAGACCGAACAGUGCUUCGCACAUAGAAAAGACCCUUGGACCUGGAGAAUAUCUGGUUCCUUUCGGAUUUGGGAACCAUACCGCUCCUGGAUUGGAUACUUCCGGUCUGCAUCUUCUCAGUCAGGAGAUGACUGAAGCCCCUGAGGUGACCAGCUUUGCCCUGUGGACUUCAUCUUGAAUUAGGAGUCCGAUUAGCCGUUCGCAAAUUUUGGAGAAUGCACUUAGCUGGCGAAAUUGGAUCUUUUCCGAGGGAAGCUGGUGACUUCUUCCCGGAGGCAUAAAGUUUUGCCAUCACUCUCGAUGCCUAACGUUGUCGAAGCCGAAAGGACAGAUGGUUCUCACAAUGGGGAGAACAGGCCCGAAAAAAACUCUCCAGAAGCGGCGCGUCGAGAUGCCGGAAAAGCUUUCUGCGGCCCGAGCGCUUCGGCCGUGUCCUUGGGUGCCGGAGGAGGCGGUCAUUAUCCGUGGAGCUGCCCUGUGACACACACCCGGGAAAAGAUCUACGCUAUUUGCUCCGACUACGCCUUUCUCAAUCAGGCUACUUCCGUUCAUAAAACUCCCGGCUCUCCUCUCUCUCCUUGCCUCCAGGAAAACUCUGCCUUAACCAUUGGAAAUCACUCCCCUAGGUACAUCGCCGUCCCCCCUAGUUCAUCAGAGAUCAUCUAUAGCGAAGACAGUAGCUUGGAGAGUUUAUCUAGUAGCCUAGGGAAGCUGCCUCUUGCGUGGGAAAUUGACAAGUCCGAGUUUAAUAGCAUGACUUCAAAUUUGAAAAACAGAGCAGCUAACAUGAAGAAACAAGUUUCCAAAAAAAAGACUUUAGAUAAAAAGGGCAAGCACCAUCGGGAGUGUCCUCAGUAUACUGCUCUUGAAGAUAUUAAACAACGGAAAGUGUUAGACCUCAGAAGAUGGUACUGCAUCAGCCGGCCGCAAUACAAGACGUCCUGUGGUAUCUCCUCUCUAGUGUCCUGUUGGAACUUCUUGUAUAGCACAAUGGGAGCAGGAAACCUGCCACCUGUGACUCAAGAAGAAGCUUUGCAUAUUUUGGGAUUUCAACCCCCAUUUGAAGACAUUAGAUUUGGCCCUUUUACUGGAAAUACAACAUUAAUGAGGUGGUUUAGACAAAUUAAUGACCACUUCCAUGUGAAAGGAUGUUCUUAUGUUCUCUAUAAGCCUCACGGGAAGAAUAAAACAGCAGGGGAAACUGCGGCCGGGGCUUUGUCCAAGCUAACGCACGGAUUGAAAGACGAGUCAUUGGCUUUCAUUUAUCAUUGUCAAAAUCAUUAUUUUUGCCCAAUUGGAUUUGAAGCAACCCCUGUUAAAGCUAACAAAGCAUACAGCAGGAGUCACCUCUUGCAGCAAGAAGUAGAAUACUGGAUCUUAAUUGGAGAACCAAGUAGAAAACACCCUGCCAUUCACUGUAAAAAAUGGGCAGAUAUCGUUACCGACUUGAACACUCAAAACCCGGAGUACCUUGAUAUUCGGCACCUAGAGAGGGGACUGCAGUAUCGAAAAACGAAGAAGAUUGGAGGCAAUCUGCAUUGUAUCAUAGCCUUCCAGAGACUAAGCUGGCAGAGAUUUGGCCCUUGGAACUUCCCCUUCGGAAACAUUCGUCAAGAGGUACAACCCCAGACAAAUGUCCAAGGAAUUGCUAAAUCCGAAAGCGAAGACAAUAUCUCCAAGAAGCAGCACGGGCGCUUGGGACGGUCUCUCAGUGCAAGUUUCCAUCAGGAUUCGGUUGGGAAGAAGAUAUCCGGCAUCAGUGAGAGAAGGAACAGUGGCUACCAGAGUUAUAAUGAUUACGAUGGGAACGACUAACUGUGUUCACUCGGACUCGGUUGUUGUCCUCCAUCCUGUGGUAGGGCACAGGCUGUUUUAAGAAGCCUUUAUUUCAGAUGAGUAGAGCGGAUAGUGCUAACCACCACUAUGAGAUCAUAGUUCUUCAGCUUGCAUAGAGUGGUGGUGGGUGAUCUCAGACGUGUGGAAUAACAGAUAAGCACAGAUUGUUGUACUUUUGUAAUUAAGCGUAGUCAAUCGGGAUGAAAAUUCGUUAUUUUUUUUUUUGGAGUACAGACAUUAAAUGGUGGAUGCUAUGGUCAAAAUGACUCGAAUAUUUAGUACACUUAAUGUAAUCGAUAUGUAAUAUUCAACAGAGCAUGAGAAGAUCCGUGGAGAUUAUUCCACCGAGGUAUCAAGGUGUGGUUUUGUUUUCCGCUCGUAAAAAUUGAUGAGGCGUCCAAAUUUUCAGACCAGCCGAAUCCGCGAAUGGUAAAAGCCCAUUUAAAUUGAUUUAUCGAGUUAGGUUCUCUUUAUGGGUCGGCAUCUCUCUAAAGCGACCACCACUUUUGACCUUUUUGGGGGUCGCUUUUGCGGGAUGUCGGAAAGGAAGGGAACAAAUGACUGCCUUAUUUAGGGUUUCACUACUUGGAUUUACUUGAUCCGAGUCCUGGAUUAGGUGAUCGAGGAUUUGCAGAACGCUAACCAGAACUGGCUGAAGCCAGGUCUAGGUUUUUCAGGUUGGGAAGAGCUGAAGGAGGAGAAGAAGGAGAGAGGGAGUGUAGUAAAGGAAGAGAGGUUUCAGGUGCAGGAGAAUAACCGAACCCCAGCUUGUUAGCAUAGAGUGGGAGGGUGGAAGGCGGCUUAGAUGGUCUCUUAAGAUUCCCGCCAGUUCUGCUGUCAUACCAGGAUCUCCAGCUCGAAAGGGAGGCGUUUGUGUGAGAGCAAUAUUAAAGGCGCUUAGGAUUCAACCGUUCUGUCUUUGUUAUACAGUGGAAUUUAAUCUCUGGGUCUGUGAACCAGCUACCACCUCUUUUGAGCAACUAAUUCCACUUAACUGUUCGAGCAAGCCUUGGAAGAGAAAGAGGGGGGUCUGACAAGAACCAGGUGAGCUGCUGGAUAUUUUCCCUCCGCUGCCAAUUUGACGACGGUGACCGGUUCCUGCUUUUCACAUCUUGCACAAGAGGGUUUUGAAGGUACACAUUAAUAAUGGCACCGGUCGUCCGUGCCGGAGAUGCUGGUGGUAUCUUUGUAACGUAUCUUAGGAGAGUAUUCAACCUUUCUGUUUUCAGAUACGCUUAGAGUUCUUUAUUGGAUUAUUUACCCACCCGUAUUUAGUCUUUGCCUUAUCAUUCUUGAUAUUUGAUCGGGAACCGGUCAUUUUCCUCAAAUGUAGACUUGACGUGGAACAGAAAGGGGUGGUUGUAGGUUCCUGCUUUUAACCAAAACUGGAAUUUUUGGAAAAUUUUGUUCAUCAAAUAAAGCCUUUUUUUCUACUUUUGGA